AUGAUGGCCUCAUUCAUGAGCUAUUUUGUUGGACGGCGCGAUCCCAAGCAAUCCGCGCGAGAUGCUAUUGUGACCCUGCGGCAGCAGCUGCAGAUGAUCGAAAAGAAGGAGGAGCAUCUUCAGAAGCUCAUCAGGGAUGAGGUCAAUACAGCCAGGACGAACGCAGUGUCGAAUAAGAAUGUUGCGACGGCGGCACUCCGACGAAAGAAGAUGCAUGAAACGGAGCUCAACAAGCUCUCAGGAACACGCCUGCAGCUCGAGCUGCAAGUCAACACACUCGAGUCUGCUAACCUGAACGCAGAGACUAUGGCGGCGAUGAAGAAGGGAUCUGAUGCGCUCAAGGUCAUACACAACGGCAUGACCCCCGAGAGAGUGGAAGAUACGAUGAACGAGAUCAACGCGCAGCGUGAGGUGGCAAAUGAGAUUUCCGAUGCAAUAUCGAAUCCGUUGUACUCAGGCUUAGAGUUGGACGAGUCUGAGCUGCAAGAGGAGUUGGCCCAACUGGAACAAGAGGAUUUAGAUGCGCGGUUAAACCUCCCAGACCAUGUUCCUGUGCAUACUCCUGUAGGCCCCAGCCGGGUGGCAGAGGCACACAGUCGGACAAAAGAGCAAGACGAGGAGGCAGAGCUCAGAGAGCUCCAGGAAGCUCUGGCAAUGUAG